UGCUAAAUAACGACAAACUUUCGUAUUUAUAAUAUUAAUUAGAUUAAAAUUUUUAAAAUACAGUCAACUUAAGUAUAAGAGUUAACAAGAGAAUCCUUAAACAAACAAUAAGUAACCAUCUCCAGUAUUCAAAACAUAUCUGAAAAUCAAAAACUCUUGGAAUUAAAGAUUGCUCUUCGUAAAAAGUAUCGUCAUAUCCUAAAUGACGUCACUAACAUUUGAAAUUUGACUACAACGAAUGCGCGUUGAUACAUCAACAAACAAACAAAGUAUACAAACAUAUGUACAUGACAUCAGUUGGCUAUCAUUUAGAUAUCGGAGGCUGUACUGUGUACCAUGCGGACUGGAUAUUUAGCGGAGGGCCGGGUGAUGGGUCGGCGGUUUGUGCUAACAUUGGUGAUUGGGAUAUCUGCCGGGUUUAGUUUCGCGUACAUACUGCUAACCUCCUCAGGAUUCACGAGAGAGGUCGCUUGGUACACACCUACGAACAGAGAUGCAGCGCGAGAUCUUGAAAAGCAUCCGUUACCUAGUAUAAUAGAGCAUGGGAGUGAAGAACCAGUUCAUAGAGAUGAGGACAGGUCUAUUGCCGAGGAGUUGUCGCGGCGAGUACGCGUGUUAUGCUGGGUGAUGACGCAACCCAGCAAUCACGAGAAGAAGGCAGCACAUGUUAAAGCCACGUGGGGAAAGCGGUGUAACAAACUCCUGUUUAUGAGUACGGUUGAAGACAGUUCGCUGCCAGCAGUGAAGUUGCCAGUGGAGGAAGGCCGCGACCACCUAUGGGCGAAGACCAAGGCCGCCUUCAGAUACGUGUACGAACACCACAGGAGAGACGCAGACUGGUUCCUCAAAGCUGAUGAUGACACGUACGUGGUGGUAGAGAACUUACGCUACAUGCUGGCAGACUACGACAGCAAUGAACCUAUGUACUUUGGAUGCCGCUUCAAGCCGUUCACAACUCAGGGUUACAUGAGCGGGGGUGCGGGGUACGUGCUGAGCCGCGGCGCGCUGGAGCGCUUCGUGCGGCGCGGCCUGCCCUCCCCGCAUCUCUGCAAGUCCUCCGACCACGGCGCUGAGGACGCUGAGAUGGGCAUCUGCCUUGAGCACAUCGGUGUGAAAGCGAUGGACUCACGAGACUCGCAGCACCGCGGCCGCUUCUUCCCCUUCGUGCCCAAACACCAUCUCUUCCCCAACAAGGACAAGAACUUCUGGUAUUGGCAGUACAUAUACUACCCCUCUGAUGAGGGUCUUGAUUGUUGUUCGGACCACGCGGUGUCAUUCCAUUACGUGAACCCUGAGGAGAUGUAUGUGUUGGACUAUCUGAUAUAUCACUUACGACCUUACGGCAUACGACUUGGUGCCGGAGAACUGCCGCGGAUACUGCGCAAUGAUACCACCACCGUUGACACUCAAUAACUGUGGUAAUACCCAGUUACUAAGGUAAAAUAGUAACUACCUUAUUUGGUAACUGUGUUGACUCUCAGUAACUGUGGUAUUACUCAGUAAUUGUUGUGAUACUCAGUAACUGUGGUGUUAAUCGGUAAUUGUGAUGACUCGCAGUAACUGUAGUAACACUUGGUAACUGUAAUGACACUCAGUAACUGUGGAUACACUCAGUACCUAUGGUAACAUCCAGUAACUAUGGUGUUAUUCGGUAACUGUGAUAACUCUCAGUAACUAUGGUGAAACUUAGUAACUGUGGUAACCACACGAUGUGGAAAUUACCAUUAGCUGAUUUUAUUUAUGUGAUAAAUGCGAACUCGAUAAAUCAAAUUCAUAUAUGAAGAAAAAAAAACAAUAUUUAUUUUUAAGUUGAAAUGUCGAAAUCUUGCCAUUUAGUGGUGUCACUCGAGUUCGCACUGAUAUAUUAUAUU